AUGAAGCAGAUUGACCGCGCUGACUACGUGUUGACCAAGUCAACGGCCUAUGACGACUCUCCACAACCCAUAGGUGCGUUGACCAAGUCAACGGCCUAUGAAGACUCCCCACAACCCAUAGGUUUCAACGUCACCAUAUCGGCACCUCACAUGCACGGCUACUGCCUCGCCUUUCUAGAGAAUCAUCUGCAACCCGGUAACCGCGUGCUGGACGUGGGGUCGGGCUCGGGCUACCUGACAGCUGUCAUGGCGCUAUUGGUGGGCCCCACGGGGCGGGCGGUGGGCGUGGAGCACAUCCCGGAGCUCGUGGAGCGAUCCCGGGCGGCAGUGAAGGCCGGCCGGGCGGCAGAACUGAUGGACGGCGGACUGCUGUCGAUACACGCUGAGAAUGAGUCUCAAAGCGUCCCUUGUGAUUCUUCCUUCUUGUCCACCUCUUCCCUACUUUCCUCCCUUCCACACACGCACAGCCUCUUUCCUCUAGUCCUAGCACAGCUCUGCUAUCAUUCCGCAUCUUACCCAUUCCUCCUCCCAUCUCACCCAUCCCUCUUCUCGUCUCACCCCCCUCAUCCCUCCUACCAUCUCACCCAUCCCUCCUUCCUCCUGUCCUCAGAGGCGGAUGGGCGGGAGGGUUACCCUGAGGCGGGGCCAUAUGACGCCAUCCACGUGGGGGCUGCUGCUCCUGGUGAGACUCUCUGCUGGCAUUGUACAUGCUCUUGCGCUCUGCAUUGCCUUUGA